UUCGAACAGCUCUCAGUAGAGCUGAUGGGGGAACGCUGUUUUCGAGUUACUAGCCUGAGGGGAUUGAGUUAGACACCUCUGACCUAAUCUGUGAUCAAUGUAUGCACUUUAUGUUUCUUAGUGACAUGCGCACUACUGAGGGCUCGCGUUGUAAAUAAACAACCAUUAAAACACAAUUAGGUUUAUAAUCCAAAUAACAAAAUGUGAAAAGAGCGUGCACUUGUUCCAACAAUGGAAAACGAUCGAUCAGCGACCGUUUAUGUUGCAAACGAAGAAAAAGAAUUGACAGUUGUAAUUAAGUAUGGUCAAACAAUUGAGGAUCUUUGUAUCAAGGUCUGUAAAUCUGUAGGAGUAGGACCAGUUGCCAGACAUCUUUUUGCGCUUAGGAAUCAUUAUACAAAACUUUGGUAUCCAUUAUCACAUCGUUUAGAAUCGAAAAAUAAAAAUAAAUUUGAUCUAAGACUUAGAUUUAAACCUUCGAGUUUACGUAGAUUACAGCAAAUAGAUACAAAUGCCUAUGACUAUUACUUUCAACAAGCACGCUCAGAUGUUAUGGAUAAUAAAGUACCAGACAUUGUUUAUGAAAGACAUAAACAAGAACUUAUUGGACUUGGUGUUUGCGAUAUGUAUAGAGUAAUGUUAGAAAAAAGAGUACCCAGAGAAACAGUGGAGUCAGAAUAUAGAAAAUAUAUUCCUAAGGAAUGCAUAAAACGUCAUGCAUUUUUCAUUAAAAAACCAAUACAUAAUGCUCUCCGUAAGAUUUCUGGAUAUGAUGCAAGUUAUGUUAAAGAACAAUACCUUAAGCAAUUUGAAUGCAUGGCGCCGAACUAUCCAUAUGAAGAAUAUGAAGUGUUGAUGGAUAGAGGUCUUCAAAAUCCUCCAACAAAAGUAAUGUUGAGAGUUAAUGUAGACGCAGUCAAGUACUGUGAAACUGUUGCUACUGUAUGGACUACAUUAUGCGCAAUUGAAGAUUUGUGUUUUGUUUCUAUAAGACAAGACAAUACAGUAGAAAUUUCAAGGAAAAAUGGUAUACCAUCGUAUUUAAAAUUUACAAACAAUGCACAUUUAAUGUCCUUUGUUUCUGCCUUGGAUGGCUAUUAUCGAUUAGCGGUAAAAUGGACAUUUAAUUUAUGCGGUGAAAUUGUUACUCCUACUUUAGAAAGACUGCAUAAACUCAAAUGUCAUGGUCCAGUUGGGCAAGAAUUCUCAUAUGCGAAACUUCAGCAAAAACGUGCCAAUAAACCUGGCUCUUACUUACUUAGGGAAAGUGAAACAGAAUACAAUGUAUUCUAUUUAGAUGCGUGUAAUAAGGAAGGAAAAUUGUUUACGAAAAGGAUAGAAGAGCGAGUUUCAUCGGAUGACUUUAUUAUUACCGGUAUUUCUGGCCAAUAUAAUUCGUUGGCUCAAUGUGUUGCAUCUUUUAAAGAUACCGAAGGAAGUUCAUAUCUCUCAGAAUGUUUACCACCAUCAGAAUAUGAUAAAUCAUCAUUACUGCUUUGCGCUCCUGAAAGUGCAGUCAGUGAAGUAGCAGCUGAUGAAGAAAUUGUUGCAUCAGUUUUGGAAACUGGACCGCGUUGUGUACCACGAAAUCAACUUGAAAUUUAUAAACUUUUUUUAAGAGAAACUCAACAUUAUUCACCAACGGCCCUUCAUAGAGGAAUUUGGAGAUUAACUAAAGGAAAAAAAUUAGAGGUCGCACUAAAAAUUUUAAAACAGGAAGAAGAAGCUAAUUAUACAAAAGAAUUUUUGGAACUUGCUGGAAAGUGGUGUCAAUUACGGUCUGGAACACUUGCAAGAUUAUAUGGAUUAACAGUCACACCAUCGAUUGGAAUGGUUUUGGAAUUGGUACGACUUGGUCCUCUUGAUGAAUAUUUACGUAGUUCUUCCUCUCAAACUAUUAAAACUGUAGACAUGGUAGAAGCAACAGCUUGUUUAGCUACUGCGCUUUGGCACCUCGAAGAAAAUGGUGUAGUUCACGGCAACAUUAGAUGCAAUAAGCUCCUAGUACACGCUCACACUAAUAACAGUUUCGUAGUAAAACUAGCUGACCCGGGAUUAUUUGUAUAUACGGAAACAGAUAUUCAUUGGUUACCUCCUGAAACUUAUAAUGAUCCAGACCUAGCUAGACACAGUUUCCGUGCAGAUGUUUGGGCUGUUGGAACAACGAUUUGGCAAAUUUUUGCUAGAGGAGCUACAUUAUUAGACUUUCGGAAUGCUGCUAUUAUGAAAAGGUACUACGAAUCUGGGAAGCGUUUACCAAUUCCAAACUCUUGUCCCACAGAAGUCUAUAGAUUAAUGUUAGAUUGUUGGGGAGAUUCGAGUGGUUCUAGAAAACAGCCACAAGCAAUUAUGAGAGAUAUAAAUCAAAUUUUAUAUCAAGUCUACAAUUCUCGCCGAAGUCAUGCUUAUACAACUGCUUUUCCUAAAUUAUUCAACUCUGAAUCAAAAAAGCUUGAUGAAGAUCAUUCAGAUAAUACUGAUAGUAGAUCAAUAAACAGUGAUUCAAGGUCUAGUAGUCUAUUUACUGAAAAUACAAGCCUUCCCUGGAAUGAUACGGAUGAUAGUAUGCAAUGUUUAAUGAAUACUAGUGAAAAUUACAUAGGUAGUACUGAAGACCUUUCUGCGUAUUUAGAUUGGUUAUCUAGUGCUAGACGAGAAUCAGAAGGUUGCUCAAUUUCUCAAACUAGGAUUUCUAAUAUGAAUCGUAUUGAACACUCCACUCAAGCUCUUCGAAUUGGACAUCACGGUGACUUGGGCGAGGUAAUAGGAAGGAAUGAACCAGGAGCAGACGAUUGUGGUUCUAGAGGAAGUAGCGAUGGUUCUUUAGGUCAAUUGACAGGCAUAUACGAAUUAGAUAUAGAUUGCAAUGUAAUUUUACAAGGCAGAAUUGGUCAAGGUUUUUAUGGAGAAGUUUAUAGGGGAACUCUUGAAAGAGAAAAUGGAAAGGACAUAGAACCGCAACAAGUUGCUAUAAAGAAAUUAAAAACUAGAGCACUCGAAGCUGAUAUACGAGAUUUUGAAAGAGAAAUUGACAUAAUGAAGACCCUGAAACACCCGAAUGUAGUGGAAAUUCUUGGAGUAAUAUCGGAGCCAGAAGUCUGUUUAGUAAUGGAAUAUGUGAAACAUGGUUCACUGCAAAGUUAUCUAGCCAUUCAUAAACAAGAACUGACGCAUAGGAGAUUGCUAGGUUUUGCUUUAGAUAUUGCAACAGGAAUGGAUUAUUUGGGUAGUAAGAGCAUUGUUCACAGAGAUCUAGCUGCGAGAAAUAUCUUAGUUGCUGAUGAAAAUAAAGUUAAAAUUAGUGAUUUUGGGCUGGCCCAAGUGACGGGAAAGAACGAUUAUUAUAUUUUGCAAACAGAUCGUGGACUUCCUAUUAAAUGGUAUGCUCCUGAAAGCAUUAGGGAUGGAAAAUUUUCUACUCGAUCGGAUGUUUGGUCUUUUGGUGUGACAAUGUAUGAAACAUUUGGUUUUGGUGAAGAACCACGUUUACCUGGCGUCGAUUCAAGUACGGAACGUCUACAAAAUGAACAGGAAAAAGGAAGCACAGAAUUAUUAGCUGCAUUAGAAAGAGGCACUCGUCUUCCUUGUCCUUCCACUUGUCCACAAGCUAUUUAUGUAAAAAUCAUGUAUCCUUGUUGGCAUUGGCAAAGCCAUCAGAGGCCAGACUUUACAGCUCUUUGUAAAGAUAUUAGAGAUCUCCUUACUGAAUAUUAACAAAUAUAGGAUUAAAUAGAAAAUGGAAAAGAAAAAAUUGUGUUAACGUGUUCACUGUGACGUCGAAGUCAACGUGUAUCUAUAUAAUAUGAUUAUCAUAUAAGGUAAGAAAGGGUAUAAAGUUUGAAGUAUAAUCGUGUACAAUUUAGUAUUUUAUUAUAAACAGAGUUGUGUCGAUACAAUUUAAUAUCGAUACUUUGAGAUUGUUAUGCAAAGUAUCUUAUAAUUGAACAUGGCAAAGUGAAAUAUGACUCAUUAUACUUAAAAAUAAUUUAAGUUAGUUACAAAGUGAUUUUAGUCGUUCUUAAUUAUAUUAAUUUAUUUUUCUGCAAUUUUAAAGACAAAAUUUUAUUGUAGUAGGCAUUCAGUUUAGGCCCUUAAUUGUGUCAAGCGCGCAAUGAAGAAACAUUUGUGAUGCCUGCUAGGAUAUGCGUGACUGAUUUGUGCAACAGUAGUCAAGAAGUAUUAUUUAAUGUUUCUUCGUGUUAUUUUAUUAAAAUUAACACAACAUGCAAAUAAGAUUUACCUAAGACUAUAUUGGUGCAGAAACGGUAUAAAUAAAUAGUUGUUCAGGUACAUAUAUCUUACUGGUGCCAGAAACAUGUAAAAAAUACGAGAUUUGUACUGGUACCUUAACGACGAGAGAUUGACACGUAUGAAAUUUUAAUAUCAUAAUAUAAUUCAAUCGCGAUUUUUAAAAAUAUUAAAAAAAAAACAAUUAUUCUAUAUUAUGUUUACAUUUAAUUUCUUGGAAGUAGUUAUAAUUUUCAUGGCAAAUUAAAGAACGUAUACAGAGUGUUUCAUAACAGAUGGCACAAUGUGAAGGGUGAUCGUUCUACCUCAAAAGAUGAAUUGAAAAUACAGAGUAGCAUUUUUUUAUAGUUCAGGAAACGUCAUAUAUACACUUUAUUAAAAAAUAAACAUGAAUAUACCCAGAAAGUAUAUUGGAAUAAGCAGAAUUUGAUCUUUACCACAGAUAAAGUUACCAUUAUUUUACUUCAAUUUAUGUUUUGAUCAACAUUUGAAUCCAAUAUUCUCAAAAACAAAGCCAAUUAUGAAAAACUGUUCCAUACUUACAAAAUGUUGAAACACUGUAUGUAAUUUAUGAUCGUAUAGAAACACUAUGUAAUUAUAAUCCUUUACCAAUUUAAGGUCUAAAUAAGUAACUGAAAUAAUGUAAAUGUAAAAUUACAUUUCGCUCUUCAGAUAACAUGUAAGUGAGAUUAUUCGAAAGUGAGUAAUACAAUCUGAACUUACAUGAAAACCAAAACAUGUUAUACAUGUACGAGUACAUCAAUGACUAAAAUAAAAUAAAAACUUAUUUAUUUUUGAAUAUACAUUUUCAAUAUUUAACAAUAGAUUAGUGACUUUUAUUUAACGAAAGUACAAUCAAGCACAAGUAUACCUUAUCCACUGUCAAUAGGUCUCACUUACAUAAACCUAGUGCAAAGUUAAAAAAAAAAUUAUUUAUAAGUAGAUCCUACGACGUUGUGUCAUCGAUUAAGCUCAAAUUUUGCAUGUAGGUAGUGUAUAAGGUGUGUUACUCACAUUUUUACAAGUAAAUCAAAUUCAAAACUUUUGAUUGGGUUGGUAGAUGGGGUAGUGGCGGUUUUUAGUUAUCGUUAGACAAAUUCUUUAUUAACUAAUUAAUUGUAUAAAUUAAUUAAAUUUAUAAUUAUUGUUACAAAUUAAUUCAAAAUUAAAAAGUUUACAGAAUGAUGAAAUAGAACCAUAAAAACUUUGGAGAGCAAUCACUGAUUACAGAAAAUAUGAUAUUAAUAUCAUAAUAAACUGGUAUUACUUUUUCACCAGCCUUUUCAACUUUCGGUACAUAUUUUUAUGUAACAGACUUUUAACUUAAAAUUAGUGUGAUAAAUACAUGUCUAACUAUUAUUUGCAAUGUUUUUCCAAUUGCAGUUCUGCUCUGAUCUGUAUAUGUUUUUUAAACAAAUAAUAUACACUUUGUAAUUUUAUUUAAUAAAUUAAAUUAGUUUUGUUACUACAUGUAAAAUUUA